GUGCCUGCCAUCUCUAGUUGUAAAAUGUCAGCGGCACGUUUGUACGGAAGUUUUCGUUUAUUUUCUUCGAGCGCCGUUCAGCGCAAUGCUGUCGGCGGCAAGAGCCUAGUGGAGGCCGUGGCUGUGACCCGGAAUGGCCGCACUAUUGUGGCAUGGCACCCGGACACGCCGAUUCCCUACGAGAACACCCAGCCACUGCCGAAGAUCACAGAGGUUCAGUCCUCGUCGGUGGUCAAGGAAUCGGCGCUGAAAACUGCUAUGCGGGCCUUCAAGAGCAAACAUCCGGAGGUAGCGCGCCAGGAACUGAUGCAGCUGACCCACACGACCAAGCACCGAUGGUUUCCAAGGGCCCGCGACAGGAAAGCGAAGAAGACGCCGAUGGACCGGCCAUUCCUUUAGUUCUCUACCCAGUGCGUUGCAUAAUGUAAUCUACAAAUAAAUUCGUUCUCGUUUAAUCCA